UUUCAGUACAAGUCUUGCACCGAAAGCAAAGUGGCGCUCAUCACCACAGCGCAGCCGCAUCAGGUCACUCGCAAACACAACAGCAACCAUGGCAGACGAGAAGCCCAAGGAGGGAGUGAAGACCGAGAACAAUGAGCACAUCAACCUGAAAGUAGCUGGACAGGACGGCUCUGUGGUUCAGUUCAAGAUCAAAAGGCACACGCCUUUAAAUAAACUGAUGAAGGCUUAUUGUGAACGUCAGGGGCUGUCAUUGCGACAAAUACGGUUUCGAUUUGAUGGCCAGCCCAUUAAUGAGACAGAUACACCUUCACAGCUUGAAAUGGAGGAUGAGGACACAAUUGAUGUAUUCCAACAGCAAACGGGAGGCUCUUCUACUUAAAGACUUUCCCCCCCCUCAACAAACACCCAUGCCUGCAUUUCUUCUUUCUUUUUUAAUGCCUCUUCCUUUUGUCUUUAAAUCUCCAUGACCAGCUUUUCCAUGACCAUGUGUUGGAAUCCUGUCACAGACGCUCAUAGGCUGCAACACAGGGAUGGAUUCAUUUUUAUUAUUGUGAUAUUUGUAAUGAUAGUUGAUAGUGCACAACUUGUAAGCUGCAUUCAAUGUCAUAUGCUGAACAUCUAAAAAAAACACAUUUCUUGGUGACAUCAUAAAGCAUAGACAUUUACAUCGAUUGUUUUUUAACACUAUUACUCAUGCCAUAUAGCUGUUGGUUAAAUUUAAUGAUGGUGUUGCUGUUCUAUAUGCCUGUGUUUCAAUUUACUCACAUUGGUGGUUGUUUUAAAAAAUGUACAAUUGGAAUAAACUGAUUUUUUUUUAAUAAAAUUACUUGUUUGUG